AUGGCGCCCUCUGCGUCAGUCAACGUUCCCACCAACACCAAGAUCAAGGAGCAAGAUGUCAACAACAAGCUCCAGCUCUAUGGAAUCUUCUCUGCCUUCACCAAUGGCAAGGUCCCAUCAAACAAGCAGAUUGACGUUGCUAUGAACAGCGCCCUCGCAUCGCGACCGCUCUCGAACCCUUCAAAGAAGCUCUCGACAGAGGGUCAGAAGCUCGUUGGUGAUUUGCGCGAGGUUGUUGAGCAGGCCAAGCUUCUGCUCUUGACCAAGAACGAGGGCAACCUCCUUCAGGACUUCAUUUGGCAAACCCAGCAGAUCAACGGCGCCAAUGCUGGCACCCCUAAUGCCCCCAUCGAUAAGGACACUGCCAAACAGCACGGCAAUGAGGCCCUUGACGGUCUGCGCACCCUCGGCACGCUCAUUCUCUCCAACGGUCAAUUCCGCAAGCUCUUGAGCGAUGCUAGCAUUCUCUUCAGAGACAUGGCCGGUGAUGCUGCUCAGAAGGCGGCCAACAAGGUCAACCCUUCCGAGGACGAGCUAAACCAGAUUGACAAGCCUGCUGAGGACAACACUUGGCACGAUGUUCCUGACCUCUCAAAGGAGAACCUCAAGAACCAGGCCAAGUCCAAGUACAACGAGCAGAAGCCCUUUAACAGAGAGCAAGCUAAGGGUGCUCUCGGCGACGCCACCCAGGCUGCCCACCCCAGCGGCUCUCGUGACCCCACCGAUGUUGCUGACCUUGCUCGUCGCGACCAACAGCAGGGCACUAACUCUGGUGUCGAUGCCACCAAGGGUCUUCAGCAGGGUGCUGACCGUCUCCACCAGCAAGCCCGUGAGAAUGUUCCCGAGGAGACCCAGGAGCGUGCUCGCGAUGCUAGAGAGCGCACCAACAACUACAUGAAGGAGAAGCUCCCCAAGGAGCGCCGCGAGCAGGGCAUCUACCGUCUGAAGAAGAUGGUCGUUGAGAUCCAAGGCCACCAGGACUACCACCAAGCCAUUGAUACUCUCCUUCGUCUUGCCGAGCAGUACUCUGGCCACACUAAGAACCUGGCUGCCCAGAGCCAGGGAACCGUGAAAGGUGCCCACAACGACGACAGCUUGCAGAUGGCUGAAGCUGAUCUCAAGACCCUCAUCGAGCGCUUCGCCAACGGCACCUCCCUCGAUGACAUGUUCGAGUCCAUCAACGUCAUCUACCGUGAUGCCGACAGUGACCCCGAGCUCAAGGGCUGGUUCACCCAUAUGAACAGAUACAUCCGCAAGUGCCUCAAGGAGCAGGGUUACGUUCUUCAGGACGACUCCACUGAGGAGUGGAACAAGCUCUACGACCAGGGCGAGUUCCUUCUCCGUGACCGCUACCGCAACCACACCGACAGAAUCGCCGACGAGUUCAAGUUCUACAUCGACCAGUUCAACCAGGACAGGCAGAACGUUGCCUUCGGUGAUGCCGUCCAGAAGCUCUUCCUCGACCUCGGUCAGGAUGAGAACGGUCAGGCCCAGUUCAAGCCUCACCUUGUCAAGGAUUUGACUGAGGUCAUCCUUCCUGGUGUCUUCGAGUCCAUCCGUUACGUCCCCAUUCCUCGUAUCGAGUACUCCGACCCCAUGAUCGAUGCCGUCGUCGAGAACCUUGUCCUUGAGGGUGACAACCUUGCCCCCAACGUCUUGGAGUUCGGCAGCGACAACUAUUGGCGCUGGGGACGCAAGUCAAUCACCAGCAAGAACAAGAACAAGGUCAUGCUCUCCGUCUCGGGUAUCCAGUGUGAUCUCCGCGAUGUCAGCUACUACAUCAAGAAGAAGGAGGGCUUCCCCAGCAUCACCGACAAGGGUGUCAUGGACAUCUUCCUCGGUGGUACCGGUCUGAGCUUCAAGGUCGCUAUGGAGACUGCUGACAAGACCGAUGGCAAGCACUUCUUCAAGGUCAACACCGUUCACGUUGACAUCAAGAACAUCAACAUCAAGCUGAAGCAGUCCAACCACAAGCUUCUCUUCAACAUGUUUAAGCCUCUUCUCCUCAAGGUUAUGCGUCCUGCCAUCCAGAAGGUCGCUGAGAAGCAGAUCCGCGACAACAUCCACCAGCUCGAUGAGCUCCUCUACGGCGUCCACCAGGAGGCCAAGAGAGCCGAGGCCCAGGCUAAGAACAACCCCGACCCCGAGAACAUCCAGAACAUGUACCAGCGCUACGCUACUGCUGCUCAGCAGAAGUUCACCAAGGGCAAGCAAAAGAAGGACGAGGUUGCUGCCGACAAGAAGGUCAAUAUGGCCGUCACCCAGCACGACAGCAUCUUCAAGAACAUCUCCCUUCCCGGCGGUAUCAGCACCAAGGCCACCGAGUACAAGGACCUUGCCGCUAAGGGCGACAAGUGGGAGUCCCCCAUCUUCAGCAUUGGAUCUGCUAGAGAGACUUCCAACCUCCCCAAGAUGGCCGCCAUCUCCCGCAAGCCUCACCGUGUCAACCAGGAGGGUGUCCGUGGUCCCAACAACCUCGGCACCAACCAGUACGGCUCAGGAUUUGACGGAUCCUCUGACACCGGACCCAGCGGUGGUCUCAACACCUCGAGCAACUCUGGCUACGGCUCCCAGGGCACCGGCUACGGCUCUCAGGGCGCUGGCUAUGGCUCUCAGAGCACUGGUUACCACGGUGAAUCUAACACUGCUGGUCUUACUGGUCAGGUUCCCGUUCGUUCAUCCCACUACGGUGCUGGUGAGGGCCCUCUGGGCUCCACUGGUGCUGGCAACUUCGGUGGUGAGGUUGAUCGUGCCUUCCACGAUGCCACAAGCACUGGUGCCACUACUGGCACUACAGGCACCACCACCACCGGUACCACCGGUGAGACCUCUGGCAACACCUUCUUCGGCAAGAACAACCCUGUCUUCCAGGGCCGCGUCUAA